CCCCCCCCCCCCUGGAAAUGACAAUCGACAAAUACCAGAUCACAAGGAUUGAGAAGUGGAUCACAAACUAGAUGGGAGAUGCGAGAAAAGGGGAUUUGGGGGUUAAACAAAGAGAGUCAAUGGUGGCUUACUUGCUAUGGUUCAUAUUGAAGGCUCGAAAUGAUUGGGUGUAUCAUCACCAAGAGCCACGGCCGAAACAAGCAGUCGAUAGAGCCGUAGAGGCUAUCAGUGAGUUUUUUAACCAAGGGGAAAAGACAGAGGCUUUGAACAGAGGUGGAAGCGAUGUUUGGCAACAACCACCAUAUUGUUGGCACAAAAUCAACUGCGAUGGAGCUUUCUUGGAGAGGACAAAGCAGGGAUCUAUUGGAGUAGCUGUACGAGAUACAGAGGGAACCCUAAUCCAUGGGGAAACUGAUUCUUUGUGAGCAUCUUCGCCACUUGCAAUAGAGGUGGAAGCGAUCCAAAGAGCAUGCAAAAUAGCAGUAGCGAAGGGAUACAAAGCAGUGGUGGAGUCCGACUCAAAGAUCACCAUCGACUCCAUCAAUGAAGGACCAGAGGCAACAAUCUAGGGGAUUAAGCAAAUUCAACAAGAUAUUUGGGGUUAUGCGAGAAAUUUACCACUAAUAAUUUUUAGGGCGGUGAAAAGAUCAGCAAAUGAGGUGGCAAUGGAUUGAGAACCCACCGGUGAGCCUUCGAAGAGUAAUUGCCUCGGAGAGAAGAGUAGGAGUAGGCUAAAUCUCUGGCUUGUAGUGUUCUUUCGAGUUCUUGUUUUUGUUUUUUUUAAAGUAAUAUA